ACUGGGCUCCAACCCCACUCAACGUCACCAGACAAACAGGGUCUGUACAGGCUACGGAUGAAUACGUGUGAAACAGUUGGAGCGUUUGGGGGAUCGGUCCAUAUCGUAGGAAAAGUAGAUUCUCAACAAUCGUUGCAGAUUUCGUGUCCCAAACUUCAACUGGACAGCACAAGGGCGAACACAUGGCAAUGUCACGUUAACACAGACGGCGAGCUGGUCAACUCACAGCCGGUCGGACGCCAACAUGAGCAGCAUAGUGGUAGACUUCGCAAGUACCGUGGCACAUGCAGCUCCACCCCUAUCCUUGUUACUCCCAAUUCGUCCAACCCUGACUGUGUCCCAGCCGCACCCCGGUACUGGGAGACGCUGUCCGAUGUGACGGUGGAGGUGGGCGUGGGGUGGCCUGCUCUAGAGGUGUCGGUCGUGGAGAAGAGACAGGUGGACCGGAACCUAUGGACGUGUUACCAGCCCCGCUCCUGGAGUAUCUGUGUGAUGGACUGUCCCCAACACCGGUGUAUCUGUACCAGGGUUUAUGAUGAAGGGAGGCAUAUUCUCUGCUCAACCAACACCAUGUCUAACGCCCCAUGUACACAGGUCACACUUUCAUAUGGCGUUGUGCUGGAUGUUGGGGGGAAAAGGCUCGCGUUCAUUGAUCUGAAUAAUAACGCCGUUUUGGCUAAAUUUUAUGUUUCAUUUACAGAAUUACUGUAUCCGAUGUUCGGAGUUGGGUCCAGGGAAUGCAAUUACACUGUGCAGAUGAAGUUGGUCAGUGGCGAGGCCAUUGAAAUGACAGACACAAAGAAGGCUCUAAUCUAUACAGCACUCACGUAGCAAAAAGAAGGACUUACCAAAAUUGCUUGUCAAUGGGCUUCUUCUGUUCUAAAUACAUAAUUCAUAGAAUAGAAUAGCAAUACAAAAAAGGAAAUGUCCUUAUGUCAAGUAUUUAUUCUAUGCUACCAAAGUAUGGAUCGGAUUUGAAUAGUUACAACACUACUUGGAGAAAAGGUCAUUCUGGAAGGUGCCCGUGUUCUUGUUGAUGUUGUGGGUUGUCUAACCUGUAUACUAUGAACUGGACCCACUUGCACAACGCGAUCUUAGCUCUAAGAUGAUCGUAACUCCCAUUCUUUAACAUAGGCUUACGAUAGUCUUAGCGCGAAGGUCGCCUUGUGCAAGUGGACCCUCCUGCUCCGUUAUAUACAAGCAGCUUUAAACCCAUUUAUAUACACUUACACUGAAUGAAUGAUUAAACAUUAUAUCUGUCAUGUCGUGUCAACUUA